GUGCUCACGCCCACAGCCGCUGUAUGUGUGUGUGUGUGUGUGUGUGAGAGAGAGAGAGAGAAACGCGCGUGGUGUUGGUGUUGGAAUGCUUCAUGACCAGCCGCCCAUCCACGCAUUUCCUCCACCUAUGUUCUGUUUACUGUGACCACUGUGUCGUCACAGUUAGAACUUCACUAGUCACAGUGAUGACAUCAUAAUUCCUUAUCGUGGACGAGAUACCGUAGCGCCGCUUGCAUCACUUUACUACGAUGGAAGCAUCACAGUCUGUGGCGUGAGUCAGCGGCAUCCAGAUCUGUUUAAAGGGAGUAUCUGCGACGUCUGCCUCCUGACGUGCUCAGGAGAGAAUGUCAGCAGGUGACACUGUGAUGGUCGAUGGCUAGAAAACAAAGACAGCAGACACUGAUAACUCGGACAAAUGUUGCCUGUUAUGCUGUUGUUGACAGGAUUUGGUUAACCGGCAACAUUGCGCAAAGCUUAUCUCAUUUUGACUAAUUAUUAACGUGGGAGUAAAGCUUCUGGGCGAACUCAUUGCUGAUUUUCACUCUUUGUUAAUUCUGCCUCGGCGUGUAUGAAUUUCAGUCUUAUCGUUUAUUGCAGUUAUUUGUCAGCACAGAGGCUGGACGGUGUUCGAGCAGGUGUGGCUCUGGUGACGUUUUACUAUAUUUUCCUUCGAAUGAAAACAAAAAAUCUGCAUCAUCCGCGAAAUCCCUGGAGGUGGUGAGCUUACCAACAUAAACCGAAAUAAAAAGGACUUGUUAUCUUUUUUUUUUGUUCGCAGCUUAUUGCAAGGUGCAUGAAAUUAAGACCAGCUCUGUCAGAAACCAGUUAGAUGGGGUGAAAUUCUAACCAUGGUUGUCCAUAUUACCAAUAAAGCCACUUUUGCUCGCUCCCACGCCCUCAGCUCUGGUCUCCCGCGCCCGUCAGCCGGGCUGCACCCCUCAGACCCACCAUUCCGUCCACGGCACGGAGCUCCAAGAGGCAACAGCAGCUUCUCUCACCUUUCUUAACACUUGCCCUGCCUCGACUUCGUUUACCUCCUCCCCCUGUUUAGGAUGCAACCCUUGGAAAUACCCUUGACAGGAAUGCCCCAGACUGUGUGCUCAAGCACCAUGUUCACCACUCCCAGCUGCUUCAGCCCCCAUCUGGCCUGUGCUGAGCCUGGGGAGGAAGAGGAGGCCCCGCAGGAGGGCCCGGGGCCUGGAGCUUGCCUGGCUGAUGGGCCCCCGAUCACCUCCGCCUCUCUGGACACCCUCAUCCAGAACCUGGUGCCCACUGCUGAUUACUACCCCGAGAAAGCCUAUGUGUUUACCUUCUUGCUGAGCGCUCGUCUGUUCAUCCCUCCUCCGGAGCUGUUGGCCAGGGUGUGUGAGCUGUGCAUCAAACAGCAGCAGCUGGACCAGAGCCCACUUGAUACGGCAAAAGUGCGCAAAUUUGGUCCCAAAAUCCUGCAGCUGCUGACAGAGUGGACAGAGACGUUCCCAACUGACUUCAGGGACGAGAAAAUGGUCGGACACCUUAAAGACAUCAUCCACAGGAUAGCACCAUGUGAUGAGGCAUACUGGAAAACCCUGAACCAGGUGCUGCAGAAGCUUAGCCAGCGGCUGGCCCUGAUGAGCCAGGGGGAAGAGAGCAUCAUCAAGAGCUCCCUCAAUGCCUCCUCCAUCUCUGACAAGCUGGUGGCCUUCAAAACCAAGCCUCCGCCCAUCCAGAAGGACAUUCUCUCCAUCUGCAACGACCCGUACACACUGGCACAGCAGCUCACCCACGUGGAGCUGGAACAUUUGAGUCAUAUUGGACCGGAAGAGUUUGUCCAAGCCUUUGUUCAGAAAGACCCACUUGAUGGAACCCAGCAGCCAUGCUUCAGUGACCAGAAGAAGAAAACCUCCAACCUGGAGGCUUAUGUCAGGUGGUUUAACAGACUGUGUUACCUGGUGGCUACAGAGAUCUGCAUGCCGGCGAAAAAGAAGCAGAGGGCCCAGGUGAUCGAAUUCUUCAUCGAUGUUGCCAGGGAGUGUUUCAACAUUGGCAACUUCAACUCCCUCAUGGCCAUUAUCUCUGGUAUGAACAUGAGUCCUGUGUCACGGCUGAAGAAGACCUGGGGCAAAGCCAAGACUGCCAAGUUCUUCAUUCUCGAGCAUCAGAUGGAUCCUACAGGAAACUUUUACAACUACAGGACAGCCCUGAGGGGGGCGGCCCAUCGCUCUCAGACUGCCAACAGCAACAGAGAAAAGAUUGUGAUUCCCUUCUUCAGUUUGCUGAUCAAAGACAUUUACUUCCUGAAUGAAGGAUGUGCCAACCGGCUGCCCAAUGGCCACGUCAACUUUGAGAAAUUUGUGGAGCUGGCACGGCAGGUUGGAGAGUUCAUGACGUGGAAACAGGUGGAGUGUCCAUUUGAAGAGGAUCGGGCGAUCCUACACUACCUCCACACUGCUCCCAUCUUCAGCGAGGACGGACUCUACCUCGCAUCCUAUGAGAGUGAGAGUCCAGAGAACCAGGUAGAGAAGGACAGAUGGAAAGCACUCAGGUCUAACGUUCUGGGAAAGACAUGAGGCACUGAUGGCAGCUAACCCUCCCACCAGCGAGGGAGCGUGUUCUCAUUGCACUAACAUGAACUGUGAAGGAACCUAGCUGGUACUUAGGUGUUUUUCUGUGAAGAAAUGAUGAUGAAAAAGAAAUACGAUGAACGGGAUUCAUCAAGAAGAGUGUGGAAAAAAAAAUCAUCACAAGCAAAAGUGAACUGAAAAAAAUUUAAGCUAUGGAAACUGGAACUAAAUGCCUUUGCAGCAUAUUAAUUAUCAGUGAUGAGGUACAGUAUGUUGGGAGAGGGAUUCAGCCUCUCCUUCUCCUUUCCCUCAAUGUGUUUACUCUGUGAAGAUAUGUUUACUACUAUAGAGUACAGUUACAGGGAAAACCACUUUAUAAAAUGAAAUUCCUACUGAUGCUAUUGUUGUUUUUGUAUUUGCUCCACUCCUUUUUUUUCUCUCUCUCUCUCUCUUAUCUUCACCUUUGGUCCACAGCCUUGUCAAGUUGCUUAAUUUAACUUUUUUUUUCCUUUACUUGUAAUGUACUGUAGUGAAACUUAAAAUGAUUUGAAGGGCGCUGGCUAGCCCAUAUCAGCUGUCAAAUUUUAUGGGCCUCCUGAAGGAAUGACAACUGUGUGUAUCUGUGUGUACCGAAGAAGUCAUGCCUUGCAAAUGUUACCAGUUCAUCUUCUGUUUACUGCCAUGUGUGUUUGUGAAUCAGGUGUUCGUGCACGUCUGUUGUGUCGGUUCAGACUGUCACUGUUUGCUUUGGAUGAGAAUGACUCGAUGAGCCCGUUCGUUAUUCAUCUCUUUGUGUAUUUUUAUUUAUUGAUUUUAUUUUUGGGAAAGUGUUAAAUAGCGAAUAAGAACUGUUCAAAAUGUGUUUACUCCUUUUAAAUGUGUUGUGCCAUUAAUGCAAGACAACCACAGUAUAACUCCAUAGUCACAAGGCCAGGUGUAAAUUGUGUACAGGUGACAUUUACCCUUCAUCUUUCUACUAUUCAGGAAGUUUUCUCUGACUGAUGUUCAGUUGUCUGAUAUAUUUAUGGAGAUUUCUGUGCUGACAGAUGUAUAGUUUUUAUUGUAACUUUCCUUUACUGAAUAUGAAGUCCAAUGGCAUGCUAUGACGGGUGUUUUUAAAGGGGCAUUAAGCAUAUCCACCUUGUAAAGAUAAACACUGCAGUGCAAACUUUGUAGUCAUAAUGCAUUGUUGGCAUAUUGUGAAAGGACCAUGUUGAACUGGAGACUUUUGUCUUUCUACAGACUAAGGAGGAAAACUUGUGCCAUAUGAAUCACUGCUCACCAUCAACAGUUCAGGUUCCUCUGACUUGAAAUGUGUUGUUUAUCAUGUUUGUGGGAUUGUUACUGAGCUUUUUUGGGCAGUUUUGUUGUUAUUCAGGAGCCAUUUUUGAGGGUGGGUGAUGGGAAGAGAGGAGAGUAAUUGGGGGAAGGGGCAGAAAUUACGUAAUUAUAAGUUUUUUUAUAUACAUAUAUAUAUAAAAAGAAAUGGUCUUAUUGCAUUUUCUAUAAUUGAUUGAUGUCAGUGUUCUCUCUUUAGAAGCACCUUUCCUUCUCAGUAACAUACUUAAUUUAAAUCUCCCUCCUCAUUUGUCAUCAGUAAACUUGCUUUCCCUGUAACACAUUUCUCUGAUAGGACUAUAGCAAGCCAGAGAUUUGAAGUCAAACCUGCCAUUCAAGGUGAAAACAUGUUUUAAUAAAACAUUGCCUGUGUUGAA